AUGUCGUGCAAUUUGAAUUUGCACCCAACACUCUCACCUGCCCUCCACCCUCCACCCUCUCACCUGCCCUCCACCCUCUCACGUGCCCUCCACCCUCCACCCUCUCACCUGCCCUUCAUCCUCUCACCUGCCCUCCACCCUCCACCCUCUCACCUGCCCUCCACCCUCUCACCUGCCCUCCCCCCUCUCACCUGCCCUCCACCCUCUUACCUGCCCUCCCCCCUCUCACCUGCCCUCCACCCUCUCACCUGCCCUCCACCCUCUCACCUGCCCUCCACCCUCUCACCUGCCCUCCACCCUCUCACCUGCCCUCCCCCCUCUCACCUGCCCUCCACCCUCUCAUCUGCCCUCCCCCCUCUCACCUGCCCUCCACCCUCUCACCUGCCCUCCCCCCUCUCACCUGCCCUCCACUCUCUCAUCUGCCCUCCCCCCUCUCACCUGCCCUCUGACCCCCACCUGUCAUCCGUUCAUCUUAUGAUUCCUGUCACAUGCCAGCAUCUGCCCAAUCUGGCCUACAACUACCUCACCGGCACCGUGCCGGUCACGGUGGGCGCGGCGCUCAAGUCACUCUACAUAGGGGGCAACUUCCGGUCGGGCAGCAUCGGCACGCUCACGGGCGUGAGGUGCUCCGCGGCACUCAACUGCCUCACCUUGCAGGGCAGCUGCACAACCGGCGGCGUUCUCAACCGCGCCGGCUGCAACAUCUGCGGCAGCGCCAACACGCAGCGCACUCUGUUCAGCAACGGGCUGUGCGUGCCCAACGCCACGGCGGCGGUGGCGAGUAGCGAGACGCCCACGCUGUCCAUGCCCAUGAUGCCCAUGUACUGCACCGGUGUCACCAUCGACGCUGCUGCAGUGACGGUGCUGGGCAACAUAAAGACGGCGGCGUUCACGGCACUGCUCAAACCCACGGCACUGCUCAAACCCAAGGCGACGGUGGGCAGCGGCAGUAUGGGCGCAUCGUCUGUCUCGCUGAAGCUGGAGAACCAGAAGCUCACCAGCUCUCUGCACGCUGACAUCAGCAAGCUCUUUACGCUCACCACGCUUGUCCCUCCCCCUUUGGUCAUCUCCUCCCCACGCCAUGUGUUGCUGCCGGGCAGGGAUGUGAGCUUCAACUUCUUCCGAGCCAACAUCGACACCUGGGCCUCGCCCCUCAAGCUCGCCACCAACCUGCUCUCGCUUCGCCUUAACAACAACUACCUCUUCGGCUCCGUGCCUCUCUGGCUCGUCUCCUUCGCCAAGCUCACCAACUUAACUUCCUGGGCGGCACGUUCCCGGCCAAUAGCGCGACUUACAGAACGGCGUACUACAACUGCAUCACCACCUACACCACGUGCCCCGCCGUCUACCCCCAACCUGCCGCAGCCUAGCUACGGGUGCCAGUUCUGCGGCACCACCAAUGCGCUGGGCACGGCGUGCAUGGGCAACCCGUGUGUGCCCGUCACGCCCACGCCCAUCACGGCGAUCAACAAGUGGAACCCCGUCCCCGUCAUGCGCUGCGACCCUGUGCCCGUCCAAGCACCCAAGGUAACCCUUCCACGCCAACCUUCCGCUGCUGUGGCUCCUUCGCUUCUUGGCUCCUCGGCAGGAGGCGGCGACGCUGGUGGCGAUGGCACCGGGGCUGUGCAGACGUGCACCAAAGCGGGGCAGGCCUACAUCCCCGGCACGCUGCCCCUCGCCUUCUGCAAACCCGCCGGCAUGGUCCUCGACAUCACCAUCCCCCCUGGGCUACCUUCAAAGCCGGCAGAUGCGCACAUCAUAUCGUGCGCUCACGCUUCUGCCCUCACAUAG